AUGUUGUUCAAGCCAACCCUCCUCCUCCUCGCCACCUGCCUCUUCACAACCUCCACCGUGUCCGCGAGCUCCUUUGUGAUUACAGAGCAAAUCUCAAGGAACGUCAAAUGCUUCCAAUCCUACAGCGACAUUGGUCUCGUCGAACGCUCCAUCUGCUGGCAUGACAAGGAAUUCUACUCUGAUCGCUGGCACGACUGGCCCUGCGAGAUCGACUGCGACGUCAACGUGCCCGUUCGUAUCUACCUCGAGGACUAUACCUACCCCGCCUUCCAAGAGUCGCAGGAGUUACAGGGUGGAAGAGGAGAGAAGUAUCCGUUUGCGGGACAGAGGGCGAUGGUGAGGGGUGGAAAGGGCGGGGAUAGGAGAUCGAUUUUCAAGAUCUAUAUCCAGCGUCUGGACUCGGAGUGGCAGGUGGUGACUUAUUUGCACAAGGGCACUGGGAAGUGUAAGAAUGAGCAUGAUGAGGAAGGUUGGACUAUCUGGGCGUGUGCUGAAAUAAAGACCAUCUAA